GAACAAUCAAGUAGCGUUGAUCUUAACUAUUUGUGAACUUUUGUCGCACAGAUUGCUACUCGUUUCGAGCGUAAGAUUUACGCAGCCAAGAGUUUACUUACCAGGUCAGGGAGCUAUUUCCAAAGCAACAUGCCGCCACACCCUCUGGACGACGAUGUUCAACUGAACUUCACAUACCCAUUGUAUAAGCACGAGACGAAUGCAUGGCUCUCCAGUACCGAAGCCUUUGUCAGAGGUGUUUUCGCGUGCGGCAAAGGGGCUGACAAGAAAGUUCAAGCCCGAGUCAAAGCAAUAUUUGGCUACACGCCCGAGGAUGGCUACCUUGUUAUUUGCGACAGAACACUAUUCUGCCCCACUGGUGAACAACUCUGCGAUCUAGGACUCAUUCAUUCGCAUUACUCCACCCCAGAAGAAGGACCCAACACUGUAUUCACGGUCCAAGAUGUUCGAAAGAAAUUGACUGAUGAAGUAUAUGAUCAUUUCGGCCUCUACGAACCAGGUGUUGUCUAUCAUCUUGGCACUUUCGAACCAAGUCAUGUCCCAUUUCGUGUACACCAAGCCGUUAUGCAGCAGAUCGAUCCCGAGAGACGACUCUUGCAUUCACGAACCCAUGCUGCCGGCCACCUAAUCGCUGUUGCCGUUCAACGGUUACAUCUCCGCGGCGCUCUCAGCGGCGACCUCACGUUCAAUGGAGUGGACCGCUCACCCAAUUUGGUUGUCGAACUUGGUGGCAUGCUCGAUAGAAAACAUAGACAAGCCAAGCGCGAUAUCCAGCGGGAGAUUAACGAGAUAAUCAGCAAGAACGUGCGACUCGAAACACGCAGAUGGAAUUGGCAAGAAGCGCUUGAACGUGGUGUCAGGUUACCACCAAAGUCAGAGACCACGAUUGAACUGAUGCGGGUUAUCACACUUGAAGGAAAUGAAGGAUUGUAUCUUUGCGGUGCUCCCUUUGUGGCCAAUACUGGCGUCGUCGGUCGAGUCCAAAUCAAGAAGCUUACCGUCCACAAAAAGGAAGAAGUAACGAGGAUUGAGUAUAGUAUCAGUCAAAAUGCUCCAUGAAGGAAGCACGUCUUCAGCACUUUCUAUUCGGCCGCAACUUGGAGGUACAUGCUACAAU